AUGAAAAUCAACAGCGAUGUCGUCCAGAGCAUCACGAGCUCCAUAGCCCUUGCUGCACAAAAGGGCGUAGGUCUCGACUACACGGACCCCAACCAAAUUUUUCAAUAUGUCUUCACCGUCAUGUCUAUCGGUGCCAGCCUCGUUCCGAUUGUUGGGCCAGCUUUCGGCUCCAUCAUCGUACUCCUUGGCCAAGUUCUCUUCCCCCUGCAUACCCAAGAUGUCUGGGCCUCGAUACGCGCGCCUGUCGAGGCCCUGGUCGACCAAAAAAUCCAGGACUACCAUCUGAAGACUCUAGAAGCCAAGGUCAAAGGUUUCCAAGAAAACAUGGUGGCCUUUACGAGUGUCUGGCAAGGAUACGAGAAUGCGGGACCGGACAUCAAAGACCGACAGGCAGAGAUCCUCAGGAUGCACCACACGUCGUUUCUUUCCGUGGUGCGAACGUCGAUUCCCGACUUUCAACUCGAGGACUAUGCAGUGCCGGCCCUUCCCUGGUUCGCAUUCGCCGCCAACAUCCACAUCACGCUGCUCGCCAACGGCAUCAACGACGGCGUAUCGUGGGGCUAUACAGACGUUUUCGUUCAGCAAACGCUGCGCCCGGAAUUCGACAGGAAGACAGGCUCUGUUAUCGCGACUCGCGCCGACGAGCCGAGCGGGUGCUCGUCCAACACAUGUUCCGGAGACCAGGGAAAGUCCGAGCUGGAGCUCCUCGCUGACGCAAUAACUGCGGGCGAGUCUCAUCAUUGGUCUGCAGAGUUGCUUGAUACCUGGCGGACCGCCUACUCGGCGUUGAGCGUUCAACGACGCGGCCUCUUGGCCGAGCGUGAGAAUGAGAACGAAGACUAUCCAAGCUAUAUUCACCGCCAGUACACCCGGGGCCGCUCCAUGGUAAAGCCGUACCCGCCAGGCACCAACCAGGCCAUUGAGAAUCCGGGCAUCACCGAGGCGGCGGCGCUCCGGACUUAUGCAGACUAUGAUGCCGAAAUGAUCAUGAAUGUGCUCACAUAUGCCGAGUUCUGGCCAUAUCUUGUGCAUGGGCGUGACAUGCCCAUCUCGGUCCAGGAGAACCUCGACAGAGAGAUCUUCUCAGGACCGUACGGACGCUAUACGGAACAGGUGCCCUGGACCGCAUCCAGCCCACCGCCCGUGACUCCGCGAGUCGCCAAUCUCACGUCGUUCAUUGUACGCGCCUACGACGACAUUGACGGCUAUCGGCAGAAAUGGGGCGAAACCUGGUCCGCUCAGUACGGAUCUGGCACGGCUGGUGUGGCCCACCAGGUUGACCUGCGCCCAGACGAGUUUGUGAAAAAUAUCGACGUUGUCUUUGGGCAUAAGCUUGGCUCGUUGCGCUUCACAUCGAACAAGGGAGUGUACGGAACGUACGGCGCGGCCAAGAACACAGCCUUCUCGCCUACCCUCGACACGCCGGCCUAUAGCCUCAACGCCAGCGUCAACCGCACCGGCUAUGGCAUGUCAAGCGCGUACAUCACUCACUGGACAGGCGCCACUCCACCUGGCUGUGAGGGUAUCUUCUUUGGAUUUAGGCCGUUGGUUCUUGGCGGAGUCUGA